AUGUCUAGUUUUCUUUUGUGUUACGACUCCACAUUGGAGUCCCAACGAUACAGGCAGAGGGUUGGGGACUUCAAGGCGGAUGAUCGCGUGCACGAGUUCAAGUCGGGUUUGGCGAUAGAGAAGCACUGUGCAUUUUUGUAUUCCCCGGCCAUCUUCGUCGAGGUUCGCAAAGAGAUCCUGAAGGGCCUUUUACACUGCUACACUACCGGUGUCGAAGAAGUCGACGGGAGAAAGAUAUAUACUGUUACGCAUUUGGACAAGCGUUCCGAUGUCGUCAAUGAAUUCACAGUAAUGGUCCCUUCCUGUUUUUUUCUUUUCAGUACUCUUUUUUUUAACGUGGGCGUGUUUGCCGACAUGGUGCAGGUUAAAGUCGACCCAGUGGAAGACACUACAACAUGCUCCUGUAACCUGUGGUGCCGUAUUGGAUACCUUUGCAGGCAUAUAUUCUGCGUCUUCCGGCAAACAAAAGUGGACGAAAUUCCGAUUAAUUAUGUGGUUAGUCGCUGGGGACGUCACGUGUUGCCGAAGUUGGUUUUUCGUGUAGAAUUCAGGUGUGGGGUAGAUUUGUCUCCGGUUUCGUUAACUAGGAACAACCUAGUAGACUGUUUUUCUGAAGCGCUGCAGGCUGUGGUGGGCGACCGGGCAGCAAUGGAGGAUUUCAUUGAAAAAAUCAAAGGCUGGACGAAAGAAUUGACUGACGCUCGACGUGGUAAAAGAAUCGUUGAGGCGACAGAAACACAAGUUAUGGCUGAUAUGCUUGGCGUGGUGGUGGAAGAUGAGAGUAGCACCCCCAUUUCUUGCUCAAAUCCUCAAGGCGUACGCAAUAAGGGAUGCGGGACCAACAAACGCAUGAUUGAGCCGGGGGAGAGGGCAGUCCAGAAUCACCAAAAGCCCCAGCGAUUAUGCAUAACAUGCAACCGGUUUGUAACCGGGCAUGACUCGCGCAACUGCCCAAAGAAACGGAAGACUGCAGAACCUUAG